CCUUCUUUAUCAGACUGUUGAGCCUUUUUAAAUCCCUGGUUCUGGUUCUGGUUCUGGUGACCGAUCAGAUGACAGGAGGCGACGCUCUCAGCCACAAUAACACAAAACACAAGCGAUAUGCUGGACCUGUGAGAUUACAGAAAAAGUCUGAUCCACUGAACCAAAUGCAUUUUCUCUACAUAACUGUAAGACCUUCAAAUAGACCUUUUUGUAAAUCUGUCCUGUUUUCGGCUGUAUUUCAGAGAACUGCACGGUAAACGCAUGUUUUAAAUCUCUGUCAUCCUGUUGCCAUGGCAGCACAUUCUGGUUUGUUUCAACAGAAACAGUUAAACUUGCGUUUCCAUCAAAUCCAGUUUUUAUAUUUUCUUCUGCUGGGAGAAGCGGAUCAGUGAACCACAAUGCCUCCAAAGAAAGGCAAGAAGGGCAAAAAGGGGAAAGCCGGGAAGGUGAACCCCUUCAUGCUGCUGGACUCUGCGCCCAUUCAAGACAUGACCAAGGACCAGUUGUGGGAUUUCGCCCUCCGCAUCCAGGAGGAGCUGGAAACGGUGCGGAAGGAGAAGGGCCUCUUCAAGCCGGAGCGGGACAAGACCCAGACCGUCUGGAACACGACCAAGAAGGACCUGGAGGAGUACGAGGUCCAGCUGAGGAAUACGACCGUAGAGAGGUCAGAGGUCGAUGAGAGACACCGAGAGGAGAUGACCGUGAGUCCUCCACCGACCCUGUGGGGUGGUCCUGCUGUUCUCUCGGUCCGAUCCGGUCCGAUCCUGACUCUGUCGGGUUUUCAGGUCUACCAACAGAAGAUGAAGCACGUCCUGUCCGAGCAACACAACGCCGUCUCUGAGGUGAAGACGGACGCCGUCACGUUUCGCUCGCUCCAGCAGAAGCAGAACACGGAGUUGGAGCUGGAUCUGCGGCGGCAGCUCCGUAACCUGCAGAUGGACAACAAGGAGAAGAGGCUCCAGGAGCACAGCUCCAUCAAGAUGCUGAAGCUGAACCACCAGAGGGAGCUGAUGAGGCUCGGCGGCGAGUUUGAGCGCAGGAUGCAAGUGCUGGAGGUGCAGAAGCUGGUCACCACGCGGUCCCUGGCAGAGAUGUUCCAGAGGAAGCUGAUGAACGCGCUGACGGAGAUCGACACCUUCAACAAAUGUCACCUGGUGUCUCUGAACAAGGAACACGACAACAAGAGGGAGCGGACAGAAUUGACGUUUGAGGAAUUCCUGGACACAAAGCACUACGAGCAUCACACCUGGAAGGGCGAGCUGAAGAAGCUGCAGAACCAGAAGCUGCGGUGGGAGAAGAAGAUCUCAGCAGCUCAGCAGGAGAACCAGCGUCUGAAGACGACGCUGCAGGAGGUCCAGCAGAAACUGCCGGAGCUGCACAGACGGCUACAGGAGCACCAGCACUCCAAGCAGAGGAUGGAGGAGUACCGAGCUCAGCAGAAGCUGGUUGAUCAGGAGCUCAGAGACCUGACGGUGGAACACGAGCUGCUGCUGCAGGCCUUCCAGAAGACGCAGCAGGAGCGUGACGAGCUGCUGAGGAGGCAGACGCAGAGCAUCCUGGACGUCCAGCAGAGGAGCGGCCUGAAGAAGAUCCUGCUGCAGAGGAAGCUGGAGGCGCUGAGCCAGACUCUGGAGAAGAAGGAGGCGCAGCUGAGCGCCGCGUUGUCCGUCUGCAGCGUGGAGCCCACGGCGCGCAGCAACGCCGCCAACAAGCUGCAGGAGAUCCUGGAGUCCAAACGGACCGCCAUGGAGGCUCUGCAGCUGGACCUGGACCAGGGCACCCAGGAGUACGAGCAGCUGCUGCAGAGGCUGAAGGGCGACCUGGAGGCCGCCGGCAUCUUGCUGUUCCAGUUUCCCUUUAAUGCCGCCCAGAAGGUUCUGGAGGAAGUCCGAUCAGAUCUGAAAGCCCAACCGGACCGGCACCAGAAGGACAUUCCCAAAUAAAGCGACGUUUCAGUUUUUAUUCAGUUUGACAUGAAAAGCAGUUACAUUAUUAUUAAAUUAAAUUAAAAUGAG